CCGCUGUGUGGACAGCAGCGCCGCCUUCCUCCAAGGGCUGUGGCAACACUGCCACCCGGGACUGCCACCGCCCGACGUCUCAGAUAUGGAGUGUGACCCUCCAAGAAUUAAUGAUAAACUAAUGAGGUUCUUCGAUCAUUGUGAGAAAUUUUUAACUGACGUGGAAAGAAAUGAGUCAGCUCUUUAUCAUGUAGAAGCCUUCAAAACUGGACCUGAAAUGCAGAAGAUUUUAAACAAAGUUGCAGCUACUUUGCAAGUGCCAGUAAGCAGUUUAAAUGCAGACUUAGUUCAGGUGGCUUUUUUCACCUGUUCAUUUGACCUGGCAAUUAAAGGUGUCCAUUCUCCGUGGUGUGAUGUGUUUGAUGUAGAUGAUGCAAAGGUACUGGAAUAUUUAAAUGAUCUGAAACAGUAUUGGAAACGAAGUUACGGCUAUACCAUUAACAGCCGAUCCAGCUGCACCCUGUUUCAGGAUAUCUUUCUACACCUGGACAAAGCCGUUGAGCAGAAGCAAAGGUCUCAGCCGAUUUCUUCUCCAGUCAUCCUCCAGUUUGGUCAUGCAGAGACCCUCCUGCCGCUGCUCUCGCUCAUGGGCUAUUUCAAAGAUAAGGAGCCCCUGACAGCAUAUAAUUUUAAGGAGCAAGCCCAUCGAAAGUUCCGAAGUGGUCACAUCGUACCUUAUGCCUCGAACCUGAUAUUUGUGCUUUACCAUUGUGAAAACGCAAAGACCCCUCAAGAAGAAUUCCAAGUACAGAUGCUGCUGAAUGAAAAAGUGUUACCCUUGGCUCACUCACAAGAAACCGUUGCCUUGUACGAGGAUCUGAAGAACCACUACAAGGACAUUCUUCAGAGCUGUCAAACCAGCAAAGAAUGUAACCUACCCAAAGUGAACAUCACAUCCGAUGAGCUGUGAGGAGCUGAGGACAGGCUCAGUUCAGCCAUGCUUUCCUGAGGGCAACUGUGUUUGCAAUGGGUAGGCAACUUCUUGACUGAGAAAGCUUUCAAGGCUUGGGUGUUGUGGUGUAUGCACUCUGGAGACAGGCAAGAGGAUCUCUGUGAGUUCAAAGCUAGCCUGAUUUACAUAGUGAGUUUCAGGCCAGCCAAGGCUACAUAGAGAAAUAACCAUAGAUUGCUUGGUCCUUCUGUCUUUUUGCAGAAAAUAAUAGUUUUAGGAUCUGGACAUACGGGUAAGACGUGACUUUCCCUGGAGCAGCUUUCUUCGGGGCAAAAACCAAUCCAAUUCAAGGAAACAGCUGGCCAAGCAAGUGUUUACAGAGCUGAAAUUGCCCUAACUUAACCUAAGAAACUCACUGGGAUGGAACAUUAUUAGAAAUUGACACUUGAGAAAUGUUGGAUACCAAAGCACAGUGUCCGCUGGAUGAUCUGUAAUUGAUUGAAUAAGACAGGGACUUCAGUGACCAUGUUGACGUCCUUCCUUCUCCUUCACGUAGGACACUGCUAGCACAAAUGACAUCACUUAAUCAUGAUUGUGGUAAAGUGGGAGCCUGACUUCAAAAGAAAGUCUAAUAUAGUUCCAUGUAGAAGGGAGUUUGACAUGAUGUUAAGAACCAGGCUGAAGCAAGACUGAAAGUGUGAAAUAUUUUGCUAAUAUUAAUUAUAAAAAUCUUUAAAUUGGAAGUUGAAGGAAAUUACUGAUGAAAUUUUUAAAUUCCAAGUAGGUCUUGCAGGGUCAUCUGAAUUCCAUCAGGCCUGUGUCAGGUGUGCAGUGAUGACACAAGGCACACUAGGCAGACAGAUGCCAGUAUUUCUACGUUUAUUGCCUAGUUGUCUUUUUCAUUCCAUCAUGACUUUCCUUUUUAUGUUUUGUUAUUACAUAAAGUAUCUUUUGGUGGUUUGGAUUUUUCUUUUUUUAAAUAAAGACUAUUCUGUCUGAUUUCAUUGUAUAAAUUUAAACCUGUUUCAAAGAAAAUCUGAGUUCUCUCAAAUGCCAAAGUGUUUGCUACAAUAAAUAGAGUUCUUGAGAUUUACUACCAA